AUGCCUGAUUGUUCUGUCUCUGCUGUUCCUAUCUCUGCUGCCACUAUCUGCUAUUUGCAUUCUGCUUUCACUCCAUUAACUACUUCUGCUGCUGCUCCAUCACCACUGCCACUGCCUACUACUAUUUCUCUGUCUUCCCUCAGCACUAAUAGGGUCUCCAUCCAUCAAAUAGCAGAUAUUAGAGUCUCUGUCUGGUUCACAAAGCCAGUUCUGGAGAAGCAGAAGAAGAAGAAGAAGAAGAAGAAGAAGAAGAAGAAGAGAAAAAAGAAGAAAGAGAAAGAGAAUAAUAAUAAUAACAAGAAUAAUAACAAUAACAAGAAUAAUGAAUUUGUUAUUUAG